AGUCCCGCUCCUGAGGCCGGACAGGAGGUGUCGCUCCGGCUCACUGCGGACAUUGUCCCACGUGCCGCGGUGCGAUCAGACCGCUGCCGAAGGAGUCACGCUGCCGAGAUACGACCGAGCUAUACCGUGAGAGCAGUGACCGACCGCUGCGACCACUCCAGAUAUGCAACCACGCAGGUUCUGUUGGGCCCGAUGUGCGGUGGUGACACCGGGCCUGCUGCCGCUGCUGCCGGCGCUGCUGCUGGCCCUCAGCGCUCCCCGCUGCGGAGCCGACCCCGCCGGAGAUCACACCAUCAUGGAGCACGUGGACAUGCCGGCCAUGACUCGAGUCCUGGAGGCGCGCGCCGCCGCCGCCGCCGCUGAGGAUGACUCUGACUCCGCCGCCCCGCCGGCCGAGACGGACCCGGCGUUCGGCCCGGUGCCGGCGCCGUCCCCGUCCCAGCGAGCCGCUAUGGCCAGCCUGCCACCGACGCUGCUGCAGUCGUCCCGCCGCGCGCGGCUCGUCACCAAAAAGAAGUACUUGAAGAAGGACUGGUGCAAAACGGAGCCUCUGAUCCGCCGGCUGCGGGAGCCCGGCUGCCGCUCGCGCCGCGUCAUCGACCGCUUCUGCUACGGCCAGUGCAACUCGUUCUACAUCCCGCGCGAGAGCCGGCGCCGGCGCGCCUUCAAGUCGUGCCCGAGCUGCCUGCCGCGCCGCUGGGAGCGCGUCUCGGUGCUGUUCCACUGUCCCGGGCAGGUGCCGGCCCGGCGACGGCGCACCGUCAAACUGGUCAAGCAGUGCCGCUGCAUGCCCCGCCGCCGCCGCUGAGCGGGGAGCGUGACCUGGGUGACCUUGGUGACCUGGGUGACCUGGGUGACCUGGGGUGACCUGGGGUGACCUGGGGUGACCUGAGGUCACCAGCCAGCUCGAGUCUCGCUGGGCCAAGGCGCCUACGACCCCGAAUGGGUCGCGAGUCCUGGACCUGCAGCGAAUUCAGACCGGUCCUGGGAGCCUGAGGUCUGCUUUCAGUCUGAAAGCUGCUGUUGCAUCUCCUGGGCCUCCCGCGAGCUGCACCAUCUGUGACCUGGCACUCAGAGUCUGCUUUGGGAAACCGUUUUGGGCAACCGCAGCUAUGGACUAAUCUGGGCAUUAUAUUAGCCUUCUGGGCCUGUUUACAGUCGAGGAAGAAGAAGAGGUCCGGGGUGAGAACCUCUUUUGUCGAAACGAAGAAGGAUAGGCAUGUAUUUUUCGAGCAUUUGGUGCGAAAUGCACGUGGUGAACAAAAUGAAUGUCGGAGCGUGCUACGCCUGUAACGGUUGGUGAUUUCGCCACGAAGAGGAUCCUGUUCUUUAUCUUAAUCGGUUUCGUUCCAUUAGGUUCCAUGCAUUCUUUUGAACAUUCUUUUGAACAGCAUUGAACAGUGCUAUCUUUUAUUAUGUUUUCGCUAAUUGAUUUGUUAUCGAUUCUUACAUUCCAUGCGGAGUUUUUAUCGAACAGGCAAAACAACAAUUGUGUUGUGCAAUCCAUCAACGACGCUCGCGACUGCUCGUGUGUUAUCGUUGAGAGUGUUUAUUCUUCAUGUUGUGAUGCGUGUUGACACACCCGAAAUUUCCGUUUACUGUUAAACAGUCUAGACUUAUCAAGCAGUUUCAGUUUUAGAUUUCGAUUGACGAAGCAAGGUAUGUUGACGAUUUAUUUGAGUGUUUUGUUUAAGUGAGUGGUAUCUCAGAUUCAUACCUGUGAAAAUGCGUUGGAGUUUUGUUCAGCAUUCAUGCAUAGGCCGCUCUCGUGUAAAUAUCUGAUUGCUGGGUUGUGAUAGUGUGAUAACGGUGCGUGUCACACUGGAAGCUAGUCAUCGCAAGUAGAAGUGCUGGCGCACGCCUGUACAUAAAUGUGCCCAGCAUAAUAUCGUGUUAUUUUUGCGGCAACUUUUCGAAGAUCCCGAUGUUAAUUUGUUAGAAUGCGAUAGGCAGCAUAAUGCAUUUGUGUAUAUCGGCACAUAGCGAAUAUGUACUACGCUUCACUUGCGCGUUGAUCUGUGACGUUGAACGUCAGCUUUUAGCCGUUAGGUUAGUUUUAGCCGGCGGUAGACAUGUGUUGAGUAGCCAUCGCUCUGUCGCGUGAGAUGAUAGCUAUCACUCGCCUCGCUCGGAACUGGCGCUUGGCGCUUCGUGUUGGCGCCUGGCGCCCGUUGCUGGCGCUUUGCGCUGGUUGCUGGCGACUGGAGCUCGUGCUGGCGCCUGGUGCUUGUUACUGGCGCCUGGCGCUCGGCGCUGGCGCCUGGCGCAGACGCCCCGGAGCCGUCCAUGUUCUCAGUUUGUCGCCGCUGUGUGCAGGCGCUGUGCGGUGUGCAAUAGGGCGCACGCCGGUCGCAGCUGUACCCUGCAAUAAAUGGCUGCUAGCUA